AUGGGUUCUUGCUUGUUGAAAGCUUUGGCCUUUGUGUUGAGUGCUUUGUGGUUAUUUUCUGAGCUUGCACUUGCUAAGCAUGCAGGCAUAACCAGGCACUACAAGUUUAAUAUCAAACUGCAAAAUGUCACUAGAUUGUGCCAAACAAAGAGCAUCCUGACUGUAAAUGGGCAGUUUCCGGGGCCUCAAAUAAUCGCAAGGGAAGGUGAUACAGUGUUGGUUAAGGUGGUUAACCAUGUUACCAACAAUGUCACUCUUCACUGGCAUGGAGUCAGGCAGCUGAGCAGUGGAUGGGCAGAUGGACCUGCAUAUAUCACACAAUGCCCAAUUCAGACAGGCCAGUCAUAUGUAUACAACUUCACCAUUACUGGCCAAAGAGGGACCUUGUUUUGGCAUGCCCACAUCUCAUGGCUGAGAGUUACACUCCAUGGACCCAUAGUCAUCCUCCCAAAGAAAGGCGUUCGCUAUCCAUUUCCACUACCCCACAAAGAAGUCCCCAUCAUUUUUGGUGAAUGGUGGAAGGCAGAUACAGAGACAAUUAUCAACCAAGCACUGCAAAUUGGAGGAGCCCCAAAUGUCUCUGAUGCCUUUACCAUUAACGGCCUUCCAGGACCUUUGUAUAACUGCUCAGCUAAAGAUACUUUCAAGCUGAAGGUGAAGCCGGGGAAGACAUACCUUCUCCGUCUAAUCAAUGCAGCACUAAACGAUGAGCUCUUCUUCAGCAUUGCUAAUCACUCUCUCACCGUCGUUGAAGCUGAUGCUGUCUAUGUGAAGCCAUUCAAGACCAGUACAGUCCUCAUUACUCCUGGACAGACCACCAACGUCCUCCUCAAGACCAAUCACCACACCCCUAAUGCCACCUUUCUCAUAGCCGCUCGGCCUUACGCCACUGGACCAGGUGCCUUCGACAACACCACCACCGCCGGAAUCCUCGAGUACCAUCAACCAUCCUCCUCCUCAAACACCAAGAAAAAUAUUAAACUCGCCCUCUUAAAACCAACACUUCCAGUCUUCAAUGACACAACAUUUGCAACAAAUUUCAGCAAGAAACUCCGGAGCUUAGCCACUUCAAAGUUUCCGGCGAAUGUCCCGAAAACGGUCGAUAAACGUUUUUUCUUCACCGUAGGGCUAGGUUUAAGUCCAUGUUUUCAGAACAAAACAUGCCAAGGACCCAACAACACGAGGUUAGCAGCUACCAUUAACAAUGUCUCCUUUGUUCAGCCAAACACGGCUCUUCUUCAAGCUCACUUCUUCAAACAAUCAAAAGGGGUGUACACAACUGAUUUUCCGGCGAACCCACCGGUCAAAUUCAAUUAUACAGGCACUCCACCGACCAACAUUAUGGUGAAUAAUGGCACAAAAGUGUUGGUGCUUCGUUUUAACACUAGUGUAGAGUUGGUCAUGCAGGACACUAGUAUUAUUGGUGCUGAGAGUCACCCUCUACACCUACACGGCUUCAAUUUCUUUGUGGUGGGUCAGGGCUUUGGAAACUAUGAUCCCAAGAAGGAUCCGGCAAAGUUCAACCUUGUUGAUCCGGCAGAAAGGAACACCGUCGGGGUGCCGUCCGGUGGCUGGGUUGCCAUUCGCUUCCUCGCAGACAAUCCAGGUGUAUGGUUCAUGCACUGUCACCUAGAAGUCCACACAAGCUGGGGGUUGAAGAUGGCAUGGAUUGUCAUGGAUGGAAAGCACCCAAGUCAAAAGCUUCCACCUCCACCGCCCGAUCUUCCCAAAUGUUGACCAUGAUUUUUUUUGCCUGAAUUCCUUUUUAGAUUUUUACCCAGAAAAGGGCAAUGGAAUUUUUUUUUAGGUUAUCAUGAUUGCUAUAUGUAACUACAAUUGGGUCUUCUGGUUUGAUUUUUUUUUUUUUUU